GCCACAUUCCGGUCAUCUCCUUAAUCGACCUGUCCUUGUGGAGGAGAGAGUUCCUAGAGGAACGUUGCAUCUGAGUAGUAAGAACCACAAUGUGUUCGGAACGCUCUCUUGGAAUCGCCAGCCAUGAUGUCGGAGGAUCAGUCGGUUACCCUGGAUUGGCGAAAUGUCCACUUUUUCGACGGUUCAACAGGUGACAUGCUAGGUGGACCGUUUCAAAAUGGCUCAGUUACCCAAGGCAACUUCAUCAGCAUGCUUAACAUGGUGUUACUAACUUGGUUAGACUCUAUCAAACUUAGUGAUGAGCCGGUCGUGCGCCGACUCCCUCCGUACCGUGUUGGUGGCCGCGAGACGGAUUUCGACGGAGGCGUGAGGGCUAGGGAUGGAAAGUGCGUCGUCACUGGGACUGUUAACCUUGCUGCUCGUGCGGCCCACUCUGGGUGCCAUUCUGCGCCUAUCGACUCCAAUCAGAAUGGGCUUCUCCUUUUGGCACACAUACAUCAAUUAUUUGACACCUACGCCACAGUGAACCAUGAUGAAAGUGAUUUUCUUACCUACGGCAUAUGUAAUAAAUAUGCUUUGCUAAUCUAUCCAUAUGACAACUAUAAGAUCGUCUCUUUUAUUGCUGAUUCCUUCGAAGUGGAUGGAAGAACACUCGAUCCUGUGUGUCGAGACCCGGCCAACCCAAACCGCGUCUCAGACCACCUCUUUCGCUGGCACUUCCGACACAGCGUUCUCAAAAAUAUGAGGAAGGCCAGAGAACCUCCAUUAGAACACGACUUCCCCCCCGGGAACUGACUAGAGGGACCUUUCCCAGCGGACCGACUUGAAAUGGAUUUUCGUACAGACUACGGGGGUAGAAACGAGUCGAAGGAUCUCGGGACUUUCCUGUAUGAGUAAUUGCCGAAGGAAAUACAACAGCAUAGAGUUCCGUUCUGAGCACUGUACGAAUAACCUAGUAACACAAGGACUCUUGUCCGACUAUGGUUGAAUCAUGGAAUAUAACC